AGAGCCCGCUCGCCCGCCCCAGCUUCUCGGCACAGGCUCAGGGCUGCUGGCCUUUCGGGAGCGCUCCAAUGCCUGGCCCUACCCAAGCGCUGUCCCCCAAUGGCGAGAACAACAACGACAUCAUCCAGGAUAACGGCACCAUCAUCCCCUUCAGGAAGCAUACGGUCCGCGGGGAGCGUUCCUACAGUUGGGGAAUGGCGGUCAACGUGUAUUCUACCUCUAUAACCCAAGAAACUAUGAGCAGACAUGACAUCAUUGCAUGGGUGAAUGACAUAGUAGCUUUAAACUACACAAAAGUCGAACAAUUAUGUUCAGGGGCAGCUUACUGCCAGUUCAUGGAUAUGUUGUUCCCGGGAUGUAUUAGCUUGAAGAAAGUAAAAUUUCAAGCAAAGCUGGAGCAUGAGUACAUUCAUAACUUCAAACUUCUGCAAGCUUCAUUUAAAAGAAUGAAUGUGGAUAAGGUAAUUCCAGUGGAGAAACUGGUAAAAGGGCGUUUCCAAGACAACUUGGAUUUCAUUCAGUGGUUUAAAAAGUUCUUUGAUGCUAACUAUGAUGGGAAAGAGUAUGAUCCAGUGGAGGCCCGGCAAGGCCAAGAUGCUAUUCCACCACCUGAUCCUGGUGAACAGAUCUUUAAUUUGCCAAAAAAAUCCCAUCAUGCAAACUCUCCAACAGCAGGUGCUGCCAAAUCCAGUCCAGCUUCAAAACCAGGAUCAACACCAUCUCGUCCCUCGUCAGCAAAAAAGACACCUCCUAGCAGUUCAGCAUCCAAAUCUGAUAAAGAUUUGGAGACACAAGUUAUACAGCUCAGUGAACAGGUACAUUCAUUAAAACUUGCACUUGAAGGUGUGGAGAAGGAAAGGGAUUUCUACUUUGGGAAAUUAAGGGAGAUUGAACUCCUCUGUCAAGAACAUGGGCGGGAAAAUAAUGACCUUGUUCAGCGGCUAAUGGAAGUUCUCUAUGCUUCAGAAGAACAUGAGAGCCAUACAGAAGAGCAUGAAGGUGAGGAACAGGUUCAUGAACAGCCCCAGCAGCAGGAAGAGUACUGACCAUCCGGCACAUUUGAUAAUUUUCAUUUUGUUGUGUGGGAACUUCCUUCUGAAGAAGAGAACGUGUGUGGCCUCAGACUUGAAACCAACCACUCUCAGUCUGCCAUUAACAUUAAUGUUCCAUAGUGAGUGUCAGGCAGUUGCUGCAUUCUGUGCCCAUCCUUUGCCAAGAUGUGUUUGCAGAAGUCUUCGGUCGGAGUAUGCACCCGAGAAGGUCUCCAGGGUGUGAUCCCAGUUUCUACCACUGCAACUUCACUAUUUGGCUGCUUGAGAUUUGUUCAGCUUUUAAAAAUAUAUAUAUAUAUAUAAUAUAUAUUUAUUUUUUCCUUUUGUCUUAAGUAUGAUACAUUUGUAAGUUGUUCAGAACUAUUUAUAUGGGCAUCUCUUAUGGCAAAAAGUACAGUUCUGUUUCUCACAUAUUGUGGUCUUUUUGGUCUGCCUUGGGCAUAAAUUUAAUAAAACAGUUUGAAGGAGGGGAAACAACUGAAAUCACAGUCAGAUUAUACUGGUUCCUAUCAUUUAACACAAUAUGGGAAAGCAACUUUUUCUCUAUCUUAAAAAAAAACCCUUUAAUCCUCCUGAUGUUUACACCAAAGCAUGUUUAGGAAGCUGCACAGUAUACCUUCAUUUAUGGAAAACAGAUGCCAGUUCGACUGUUAGGUUGAGAGUUUUGGAAUACUUUCCCUGGGACUAGAAACUUCUUUCUUCCUGUUUCACUUCUGGGUAUCUGUUGGUUCAAGUAUUUAAUAAAGUCUUGACCACUGUAUCUCUACCUGCAGAUGCCGCUGGGGCUCAAGCUUCCACAGCUAGAAAUGGGAACGAUGCAGAGCAGCCGCUUUCUUUCCCCCUUGCACAUACAGAGACGGAAUACUUUCAUGAUGAUAGACUUGGAUAUGCCAAACCAAUUACAAGCACAAUCACACCUAAUUUUCCUUUGAAGUCUUUUUAGAGUCACCUUUGAAAUGUAGUGUUAAAUGAGCGCCUGUUUUUCACACAGUUGCUUCGUGUCAGUUUUCAGGCUUAUGUUUUGGAGGUAUACUAUCUGGAACAAGAUAUGAGAAUUAUUGUGUGGUCUGGCUAUGACUACUGGAUGGAUUGAGAGUGCAGAAUGUUGGCUUACAGAAAUGUUCAUUGCCUUGUGUUUUAAUAUUACCAUUCUUGUUAAUCUUGCACUUGGAUGAUGGCAUUUUAUAAAUAGAAAUAUAGCAAAUCAUGUAUUAAAACAUUCCUUAUUUCUUAAACUUAAGUUGCACAUUUUCUUAGUCUAGUUCUAGUUUUUUCUUUCUUUUUUAAAUUCACUUGGUUUUUCCGGGAUAUUAUUUCAUUUCUUAAUCUCCGAUUGGGUUGGUUAUUUGACACUAUAGGUACAACAGCAGAAACUCCUAGCAGAUUAUAAUUCUGCAGGCUACAGUUACUAUAGUUCUAUAUAAAGUCUUGCAUAUGUUGUUUUAAAAAUUAGUGGUGUUGCUGUACUAAAUGGUGACUUCCCAUAUACAUGCAUAAAUGCAAGGAGCUUUUGCGUAAUGUAAGAACUUGCGUUUAUUUCCACAGAAAUUAUGCAGUAAAGCUGCUUAUUAGUUGCUGCUCAGGUAGUAUAUACAAUACUUUUGAACAUUUGAACAAAUGUUUGCAUUUUCUCAGUUUUAACCCCUUUAACUCAACAAUACUGUAGCUGAUAUGUACAGAUUGAAACAGUUACACAGUUUGUAAUCCUGUGAAAAUCAGUGUGCUCCUUGACUAGCCCUUUCCUAUUCCUGUUAGCAGAAGUGAUUUGGUUUCACUUGAAUCCUUUGUGCUUAAAGCAAUUUAAGGAAAGGAGGACAUAAAACGUCAGAAUCCAUCAUAGAAAGAAACUGUACGUAUUCUGAUUUUAAAAUGUCCAUGAUUAUUAUAUGACUAGUUCCACUGUUUUCAAAAUGCCCACUGCGAUCAAAUGGAAUUUUGGGGCAGAUGCUUGAUUUUUGAACCAGCUAGUGAAAACUUUCUCAUCACCACCAAGGCAGUAGUAACUUUCUCACUUUUUCCGCUUGAGCAGAUUUUCAGAUCACUUCCUUUUGAAGCACUUUCAGAGCUUUUCUGGGUUUCUUUAUUCUUAGAUAGAUCCCAUCAAAGCCACUUUACCUUCCAAUCUUGUCACUUAGAACUUGCGUGGGUGAAGGAGGGGGAUGUGUAUCUGGUUUUUGUUGGUUCUUUUUGUAUAAUCUGUGGAGCAAUUUCCCUUCCCUCACGUUUUUUGUUUGAAGACAGGAAGUGGAUGACCUAGGGGGCAGGAGGAUAAUAAUUGCAUAUUAGACCCUGAUCUGCUCAGUUGUGCUGAGGGGAGUGAGAGCCUCUGGGAAGGGAAAGAGGAUCUCCCCCGUUCCCUUUGUGGUGAGUAACUCUGUUAUUCCUUUAUGGUUUUAGUAUGCAUUUGUAAUUAUUUUUUACUAAAUAGCACACCAUAAAGCUUUGGUUAUAUAUUACAUGUAAACUGAAAGGAAUGUAAACAUAUGUAUUGUUAAUUAUGAAUAGAUAAAUAAUGACAUAAUAGGUGCAAAAAGUCUUAUUCCAAUGUAUCAGUCAUUUUGCGUUCCCCACCAUUUGUCGCAUGAUAGAGUAGAUUUUUGGGGGGUCUCUGAAUAUGUGAAUAACUUGACUUGCAUUGAUCUUUUUACAUAUUUAAUAAAAAAAAGUAUAUGUUA